AGCCCGAUGAGCUUGCGAAGUCGGUGAAGCUGACGUCGCGGGAACGGCGGUUCAUCAAGUUCGCGAGCGUCGAGUAUGGCGGCCAGCUGUAUAUGACGCCGCAGGACUUCCUCGAGUCUGUCGUCGAGCAGGAGCCCCGACCCCGUCUAAAACGCCGCAUCCUUACAACCAAAGAAAUCGAACAAUUGCGCGAUUACACGCCAUCGUUGAAGAAGGGUUCUCCACAACUGUUUCGCAAUCUCAGGGACAAGGGCAUAAUUUCGUACACCGAAUACCUGUUCCUUCUCUCCAUAUUAACGAAACCCGCGUCCGGCUUUCGAAUAGCCUUCAACAUGUUCGACACAGACGGCAACCAAAGAGUGGAUAAAAACGAAUUUCUAGUCAUUCAGCGCCUGCUGGGCGGGUCGCUGAAGGAGCGCACAGAUUUGGAUGCCAAGAGCAAGGAGGCCCUGGUUGCCUUAGACUACACGAGUGCACUGAAGAACCGGAUGGAGAAAACUGAAACCACAGUAUCUAAAUUAUCAACAAUGGAAAAAAUCUUCAGCUUUGCCUGGAAGGGCAAGAGGGGUAUAAGCGAGGGGAGCGCGGAGGCCGCAGAUGGAAGACCGCAGGACACCUACGUAAACGACGAACAAGGCUUGCAGAGGAGGCACAACGUUGAUACCAUGCUACAGGUGCACUUCUUCGGGAAAAAAGGUACGAACGACCUCAGGUUCGAAGGGUUCAAGCUGUUCAUGGAAAACCUGCAGACAGAGGUCCUGGAGCUGGAAUUUCAAGAAUUCGCCAAAGGCCACGAAACGAUCUCCGAAGUAGACUUCGCGAAGAUUCUUCUCCGCUACACGUACCUCGACACGGACGAGUACGACAUGUAUCUCGAUCGGUUGCUGGACCGCGUGAAGGACGAGCGCGGGAUCACCUUCGAGGAGUUUAAAACUUUCUGCCAGUUCCUCAACAACCUGGAGGACUUCACUAUUGCCAUGCGAAUGUACACUCUCGCCGAUCAUCCUAUAUCUAAAGAUGAGUUCCACCGCGCAGUGAAGAUCUGCACCGGGAUCUCCCAGUCGAAUCACCUCGUCAACACCGUGUUUGCCAUCUUCGACGCGGACGGCGACGGCCUGCUCAGUUACAAGGAGUUUAUCGCCAUCAUGAAGGACCGCUUGCAUCGGGGCUUUAAGUCAUACGCCAAGAAUGAAGGUUGGGAAGCCUUCAAGACUUGCGUAAAGCAAGAAAUGAAGAAUGCCGUUUAAACGCCUUGGAGUCUUACGCCAUUUUUGCCAUACUUAUAGUCGUCACACACUUUCUUAGUACAAAUUAUUAAAAUUUUAGGAAAUUUUUUUCUCUAACGAUCCAGGGAUCUCAUUAAUUACAAAUUUUUUACACCGAAUUUACUUUGGUGUUUUAAUAAAUAGCAGUAAAAUUGUUAGUAAUAUUUAACCGUCGGCAGUCAUUAUUUUAACAGCGGUUCCCAUCAAAAGUGAGAUUAUUAUGUUGUUACUAUAAUUUUGUAAGAAAAGUUUAUUUAUUGUUUGCUAUCGAGAUGAUUAUUUUGUUUGUUAAUAUUAUUAGAAUCUCUAUUAGCCUCAAUUUACUUGCACAAACGACGUCAAGUACUCAAUUUUGGUGCUUAAGUGAA